AUGGACCGACAUCGCCAGCGACGGAGCACCGUCUCGGUGCAAUCAACCACCCCUUCUUCCCUGCGACAUUGUUCGUUUCCCUCGACCACCUCGCCUCCGACCGAGACCUCCUCGUCUGUCAAAACUGAUCCGAAGCUGAAGCGACGGUCUGCUCCUCCGAAGCCACUUGCCCUUGCCCGGGUCAAGGGAACGAUCGCCAUGGACUCAUCUCCGUCGCAAAUAAGUUCAGAAAUGUCGUGGCUGAACGACGCAUCGCCAAUGUCGAUGACGCCGAGAACUGCGACCCCGAGAACACCACAGAGAUCUAGAGCCGGAACCCCAGAACCUGACCCUCCAUCGCUUGUCCCGUCUUCUGCCCUCCUUCAAGACCUGUUGAACGAACAACGCGCAAACCGAGGCCCCAAAGCAACGUCGGAGGACAUGGGCCACGGCGCCCCACGCACGCCGGAACGAUCUCACUCCCGGCCCCAGUCCCGAUCCCAAUCACCGGCGCAGACCCAGUCGCAAUCCCGAUCACAAUCCCAGGAAGAGGCAGGGUCGGAGAAACAGCGCAAAAUCCACACCGCGCUUUCUUCGGGUCUCCGACAGCCACAUGAAAUGGGUGUCAGAGAAAUGGGCGAAUACGUGUCCAAAAUCAACAAGCAGAACUUCGACUUGAAACUCGAGAUCUUCCAUCGCACCCAGCAAAUAACCGCCCUGGGGAAGAAGUUGCAGCGCAUGGCGAGCAUGGAAGAGGAGCUCCAGCGCCUGCGAGGCUUGGAGGAUGAGGUCCAGGAGCUUAGGGACGCCGAAUCAGACAAUCAGCGACUGAGGGAGUCAAACGAGCAACUACGACAGGAAAUUGACCGGCGCGACCAAGCAAUUACAGAGGCGGUCAGCAUGAUCUGCCUUUUAGAAACCAAAGUGGCACAGUUGCAAGCCGGUGCGGACACGUCCAGACCCUCUACGGCUCGCGCCUAUGAAGACGAUGACCCCGGUGCUACGACGCCUAGGCAGACCACCAUUGUUGAUAUCCCGGAGAGGACGUCCUCGAAGCGCGGCACUUUGGUCUCCAAACAUCGGCGGACUUCCUCGGAUUCACGCCAUCUCAAGCGUGCACCCUCGUUUCUGUCCGAUGAGACCAAGAGCACAACAGCACUGCAGGAGGCCUCUACUACCGAUGACCAGUCCCGUUCAGCAUUCAGUGAGAUUACCAAGUCCGAAAGCUUUCAAUCCAUGAGCGAAUUCCAGGAGCCUGAAUCCCCAAGGCUCAGUGCGUUGAGUGAGUGCAGUGAAUUGUAUCCUCCCGACCCCGCAGGCGAUCAGUUGGAGAUUCCGGUCAAACGAGAUUCCAUCGAUGCCGCAGAACCCGCAGAAGUAGCGGCGGAGGAAGCCGUAAACCAGAGACGGAUUGAAUCAUGGAUUCAGCCGCAAAGUGAAACUUUUCUGGAAGAUGUUCCGAAGCAAAGCAUCAUCCCCUCCAGCCUAUUCAAAAAGACGGACAACCCAAGCUUCGAGAGUGAUUCAUGCAAUGGGUCUAGUCAGAAAACCCGAGUGGAUAGUGUAUUCGGGAGCACGCGACUGCCGCCUACACCAGACACCAUGAGUACUGCAUACGCUGCUGGUCCGAACCGGUCGAAUGGCAGUAUUGUCGCCGAAAAGAGCCUUGUUGACCAAGCUCUGCCUACCAAGACUGGACACGGCCGUCCGCGCUCCGCAAGUGCGUUCACAAUGAGACGAUUCUCCGGUAACAGUGCCGCAGUGGAUAGUGUGGAGAUGAAUGUGAGUGACGUCACGCUUCCUCGAUUGAGCGCCGAUGAGGGAGACGAAUCGCCUGCGAUUUUCCCUUUGAAUAGUAUCACAUCGAGAGACGGGGCUGUGUACUGCCCGGAGUCUCUGCAUAAGACAAGCCUUGGCUAUUAUGGUCAAGAUGCGUUCGAUGGAGAGGGCCUUGGCACUGUUCUCUCAAAACUCGACAACCACUACUACGGUUCGACGCGGCGCCCUGGGUCGGGGCCAGAGGAUUCGGAAAGCUCGUUGUCUUCGUCGCCACCCUUGACGCCUCAAGAUUGGAUCGAGGCCGCCAAAUCGGAUUCUCACCGCAGACGGGAACCGGUGCAUUCUGGGCCCAAACCAGCAAAUCCCCGGCCUCUAGGUGCACGGAUUCCCAGCCAAUCUUCUUUCCUGGGUCGUCGGCACAGCAUGGAUUCCCACGUCAGGGACUCGGAUGUUCCUAUGAUACCCACGCUGGACAUGCAGUCGCUAGACUCUGGUUCACAGCCCGAGCCUGAUCUAGAUCGUCGGAUGAUUGGGCGACGGAUCAGCCUCCGGCCUCCUUUCUUUGCCCGCUCUGCACCUCCCCGUCGCCUCCAGCCCUCCCUGAUGCAGGACCCGACGGAUUCGGACGACGGUGCUCCUGCUCCUAUCGUUCGUAAAGCACGGGACGAGGGUCCUUCCAAGACGACCAAGCCGAACAAGUCUGAAGCGCGUGGUUCCAGUUUCUCUGCCUCGGUUCCAAUCCAUACCAUCGCCAAGGCCGACGACAUUCACCGGACGCUCCCUCAUUCCUUCACCGAAAGUUUCAUGAACAGUGCCAUGUCCCGACCUCCGACGUCGGGCAGCAAGGAACACAAGCGCCGCAGUUCGCUCGGGAUUUUCGGCUGGAUGAAGGGAGCGAGCGGUCUCGGAAAGAAGCACGAACCCGAGCCUCCUGCAAAGCCUAGCAUGGCCACUGGUGCGUUGGUCCGAAGUAAAGCCAACCGACUGGCCGAUGCCCGGGAAGGGGUUUCUGAGCCUGUUCGGACAUUCGACGUGGGAGCGAUGAACAUGGCCAUCGGACAGGCAAUCCGAGACGACGACGAAUCGGGCCGACGACCCCGGUAUAUAGACCGACGGUCUCGUCGUGGCUGA